CGGGUAAGCAGCGCGAGUUGCCAGAUACGUAUUCGGAAUCUGUUGUGUAAAGGUGACGGCGGUACAUAUCUACAUCCGCUCCGUGCAGAUGAAACCGUGACCACGCGAUAUGAGAGACAUGCGAGUUGUCGAGGCGGAUUCGGAGGGGCUGCCUGUACGGCCUUGGCCUUCUCGAUCGCGAUGUGGUAUUCACUAGCCUGCCACCAGGAUGUCCGCGGCCCCUGUCACUAGGCCCGCCCCCCUGCCGGGCUCCACUAACGCUGUAUCCCUCAAAUCGCUCCAGGUCCCCGAGGCGUUGCAAAACGGCGAGAAAUUCAUCAAGUGGGAUGAGGAUUCAGGGGUGGGCACUCCGGUUACCUUGCGAAUCGAUCCGCACGGCUUCUAUCUAUAUUGGGUGGACCAAAAUCAUGAAAUGGAUCUGCUGGACAUCGCUAUCAUCAGGGACAUGAGGACUGGCCGAUAUGCUAAGAUACCAAAGGAUCCAAAACUCCGGCAGAUCGUCACGAUGGGAUCCCAAGAUACUUUAGAAGAGAAGACCAUCACUGUGUGCUGUGCCAACGACUUCGUCAACCUCACAUUCAUCAAUUUUUGCUGCACGAAGAAGGAGAUCGCCAGACUAUGGACGGACGCGAUCUUGAGCCUCGCUUACAAUCUCAACCAGAUCACUGGCACUCCGAAAAUGUACCUGUUCAAAGCUUACACCAAACUCAAUCUCAUCAGGGAUAAGACGGGUAAUGUUCCUGUUAAAAACGUUUUAAAAAUGUUUGCACAAAACAAGGACGAGAAGAAAAGGAUAGAAUCAAUUCUGCACUCAUUGGGAUUUUCAACAGGGAAGAACGAUACCAUCAAUCCAGAUACCUUCAAUUUUGAAAUGUUUUUCAAUUUCUACAUCCAGCUUACCAAACGGACUGAAGUCGAGAAGGUUUUCAAUGAAAUUGUUGGAGUGAAGAAGGUGAUGUCAGCGAAUCAGUUUGUCGAUUUCUUGAAUAAGACGCAAAGGGAUCCCAGACUGAACGAAAUUCUCCAUCCAUAUGCGGACUGUGCUCGAGCCAAAGAUAUUAUUGGCCUCUACGAACCAAACAAGUACAAUGCACAAAAAGGACAGCUUUCGUUCGAAGGUUUCCUAAGGUAUCUGCUAUCUGAAGACAACAACAUAAUGGCUGCCAGUAAAUUCGAUCUAAGUCACGACAUGGAUCAACCAUUAGCCCAUUAUUUCAUUAAUUCUUCGCACAACACGUACCUGACAGGACAUCAACUGACUGGAAAGUCAAGUGCAGAAAUGUACAGGCAAUGUUUACUGGCAGGAUGUAGGUGUGUGGAGCUGGACUUCUGGAAUGGUCGUACUGACGAACCGGUGGUUGUGCAUGGUUACACUUUCGUACCAGAGAUAUCUGCGAAGGAAGCUCUGGAAGCAAUCGCAGAGGCCGCCUUCAAGACAUCAGACUAUCCGGUGGUGCUAAGCUUCGAAAAUCACUGUAACCCUAGGCAGCAAGCAAAGAUCGCGAACUAUUGCAGGGAGAUAUUCGGGGACAUGCUUCUCGAUUUGCCCCUAGAGAGUUACAAAUUGGAACCUGGCAAUCCUCUGCCACCUCCAUCAGCACUGAAGCGCAAGAUAAUCAUAAAGAACAAGAAGAAGCAUCACCAUCAUCAUCAUCACAAAAAGAGCAUCACUCCUUCUCCUGAAGCAGCAAGUGGUGAAAUCACCGGGAAUGGUGAUGCUCUUCAACAUGCUCCGCCAUUACAAACCAGACAGGGUUCCAAGGAAUCAACAGCUACUGAAGACGAAGAAUCAACUAGCGAAGAUGAGCCUGAAACGGAUGCGGAACCUCCAAUGGAAAGCAUCGAAGCUGAAGGGGAAAAUAAACCCGCACCUGCCACUGAGACUGAAGCUGGAGCUGAAAUAUCGGCGCUGGUCAAUUACGUGCAGCCUGUGCAUUUUUCUAGUUUCGAAAAUGCCAAGAAAAAGAACCGCAGCUAUGAAAUGUCAUCGUUCGACGAAAAGCAAGCGACGUCGUUGCUGAAAGAAUACCCAAUCCAAUUCGUGAACUACAACAAACACCAGUUGAGCCGCGUAUAUCCGGCUGGAACGAGGUUCGAUUCGUCGAAUUUCAUGCCGCAGGUGUUUUGGAACGCCGGAUGUCAAUUGGUCGCACUUAACUAUCAAACUCUGGAUCUCGCAAUGCAGCUCAAUUUAGGUAUAUUCGAGUAUAACUUCCGGUGCGGUUACCUGCUGAAGCCGGACUUCAUGCGUCGGACUGACAGGCGUUUCUACCCUUUCGCCGAAAGCACCGUGGACGGCAUAAUCGCAGGCACUGUCAAGAUCACCGUUAUUUCUGGCCAGUUCCUCACCGAUAAACGGGUCGGCACCUACGUGGAGGUCGAGAUGUACGGCUUGCCCGCAGAUACGGUCAGGAAGACGUUCCGGACCAAGGUCGUGCCCAAUAACGGCAUCAAUCCCGUCUAUGAUGAUGAGCCGUUUGUUUUUAAAAAGGUGGUCCUACCGGAUCUAGCUUCAAUCCGCAUAGCUGCAUACGAAGAAUCUGGGAAGUUCAUCGGCCACCGAAUCCUUCCUGUUGUUGGUCUCUGUCCGGGUUACAGGCACGUCAGUUUGCGCACGGAGAUAGGUCAACCUUUGCCACUAGCAACGCUUUUUCUGAACGUUGUGGUUAAGGACUAUGUUCCCGACGGACUUUCUGACUUCGCCGAAGCUCUCGCUAACCCCAUCAAGUAUCAAAGUGACCUGGAAAAGCGAGCCCAGCAACUCGCGGUGCUAACAGACGACACGGAGCCUCCAGAAGGCAACGAAGACCAGAAAGACAGCCUGACGAAAGCGGCCUGCAAUGAAAUGGCGAAUGCAGUGGCAGCGGCUGCGGUGACUACGACCAACGGUAGUCCAACACCCAGGAAAUCGAUACCUACGGGGUCGAUGUCCGUUGACAUACAGGACAGCGAGUUAAUACCCGUCAUUGCCGCAGCUGCCGUAUCCAGUACCACGACGGCACCGAUUGUGGGCGAUGUCAAUAGCUGUAAUAAACUCAACGAGGUGAAAGAAGAAAAAGAAGAGUUGAUUGCUGAGCCCUUAGAGAGAAUUCUUGAUAAUAAACUAGUCAGGGAGAAAAGGACAGAACUAGAUAAGAAGCUGGAGGCUCUCCGCAAGAAACACGAAAAAAAGAAAAUGUCUGUGACAACGCAGAAAUCCAGCGAUUUUUCGGAAAAACGAUCCAGACUGGUGAAUAUGAAGCUUGUGAAGAGAUUAUCCAGUAAAAAUAUAGUAUCGUCCGUAUUCUAUACGGAAUCACCAAGUGCGGAGCCUUUAACCAGCAUGACUGACUCCCAGCCUCUGUGCGAGGGUCCUCCGACGGCAGCACCACCAGUAGGCAUUCCCAGAAGCACCUCGGAGCGGCUGCUCGCCAUAAACAGGGAGUUUGUACAUCAGGAGAAGGAACUCAGAGAGAAGUACCACGAGAUGAUAUAUAACGCCGCCGAAAAGGUUCUCAGGGCCUCGCAAAACAAUCAACUUAAAAUGCUCAAGGAACAAUUCGAGAAGGACACAUCCGAACUGAUGAAGAAGCUGCAGGCAGAUCACAGGGAAGAAGUUAAAGCUUUGGCAAAGAAACAUAGAAACAGAGAACAAUUUACGCGGGUGAAAAGAGAAGCAGUGACGGCAGUCGUAGGUAGAGGUGUGUCGGAAAGAGAGAAGCUGGGGCAGAUAUUUGAAAAUAAACGAGACGAUCUUCAGAGGCAACAUGAACUUGUUAAAGACCUGCUUAUCGAGCAAAGAGAAAAGGCCAAGGCAGCGCUAGACAAGGAAUUUGAAAUGCGUCUGACCCGAGUAGAUGCCGAGGCGAGCAGCACUCUUUAAAAGAGUUAUCAUGAAUUCUGAGCCGCAUCGGAGUUCAAUGCGUACGAGUCAAAACAUGCCCUUCACAUUUCCAUUUGUUCUGGAGAGAGACAGAAAGUGCGUAAUUUCGUAUACACGACAGUGUGGUAUGUCAAAGGAUCGCAGGAAGCCUGUCAUAUCAGUAUGAACUUUAAUGCCACCAGCUGAAUAAAAUUGUGGAAGCGGAGAUAGGUCAUUUCUAACUGAAUCUCGUCCUCAUCGAAACUGGCUUGGAUUUUCGGUAGAACAAUAUAAGGGCAAUUCACCAUACAGUACAUAAUUUCCAUGGUGCUUGAAAAUCAAGCAUAAACCUCAAAAAGAUGUAUUGUCAUGAAGAUAAGAACGUUCCUAUGAAUAUUUAUUUAUAGAUGAGGACACUCGUAAAAGUUCUUUGAAGGGUGAAUAAAAAUAUGUGUCCUAAUCCUAUUAUGGCUGACGGUAAAAUUAAAACCUUUUUCAGCUGUUCCCUUAAGGUUGUGCUAAAUUAUCAGCGAAUUCUCAUCGGUUUUAAAUGAAGAAAAAAAUAAUGUUACUGACGAUUGACUAAUUUUAUUCACUCUUCAUACAUUAUGAUUCUUAUCCUUAGGAGCGUUCUAUGCGUUUAAUUUUCUAUAUUUUCAUACAGUUGUUAAUAUGUUCAAUUUGUAUUAACAUGCGUAUACUUACCAGUGUUACCCCUACGUUAAGUCUAUAAAGUAAUAAUUGCAGUAUAUGGCAAUAGUAGACAGGAUCCAUAAGCGAUUGGAAAUCCGUUGACAUUCCACAUUCCACCUUUUGACAAUCAGAUCUUAAAGAUGAGCCCCGCAACAAAGCGUUGUUAUUAUUAGCAAAACUAGUAAAAUACAGUCAUACAACUAUUACCAUAUUGAUGUUUGUUGUUUCAUUGUGAUAGUAGAAGAUUAGUAUUCUUAGGUAUGGCGAACUUCAAGCAAACGGAUACUUCAGUGCACAAUUGACAUAAUUUAAUAAUAAUUUUAGUUAUUGCAUUAGUCAUUCCUUGUGUUAAUGUUGACUGAAGAAUCUUUAUUUCGGUAGCGAUAAGUUUACUCUUACAGUGAAACUUUAUAUUAAUUGGAAAACAAAUCAGAAUGAACGUGCCUGGAGUACCUGCAUGUUUGAUGUGUGUACUUAGAAAAGAAGUGAUAUAUGCUAAAAAAAUAAUAGAGGCACAAAGUAUACUGUAAGUGAAUAACUACUCAUAGCAUAAUACUUAAAUAACUGAAUUUUUAUACCGAGUUAUUUCGUUUUGUGUGUUCUGUAAUCCAAAACACCACGCACAAUUUAUUUGAUCGUUAUCUCUACGCACCACUUUCGAUGGCAUUUCAGCAUUAUUAUCCAUGAUGUAUAAUUUAUUUAGCUACACAUAUUUUUCUCGAAAAACAACAUUUACACAUUUCAGACACAUAAUUUUCCGCCACAUGUUCUACCAGAAAUAUAUUGUCCAAAAUUGCCGCAUGUUACAGCAGAAUUAUUAUGAUUCUAACCUUCAAAGCCAUACUAUUCGUACGACUGAUUAUUUUAACCAAACAUCAUCCAUAACACAACCUUAGUAUUAAUAUGGUAUACUCUGUACUUCAGUGUAUUUGAUUUGCUACCAAAUUAGUGAUCCUUCAUUUUACUAUUACUAAAAAAACUUGUGUAUAAACAUUGUUAAGUAGUUAGAUUGGUGAAAUAAUUGCCACUAAAUGAACAUAGUUCUACAUAAUAGGAUGGUCCAUAGAUAAAGUGGAAACCGUAGAUUUUUAGUGUCGUGAGAUAGUUAGCUCUUACUACCUUUUAUCGUGCCAGAUAUAGAGGGUAUUCAUUUGAAAACUUCCCAACACUUCCCAACUUAAACCACUGAUUAAAAGAAAGAACGCCGAGACACUUCAAAAGAUUAUCGGGUUGUUACCACAUCUAAUCAGAUUUAAAAAAAUCACAUCAAAAUAAAGGACUUCGAAAGACCUUUCAAACAAGCUAUUAGUCGAUACCACUUGUUACUUAAAAUUUUUAAGGGGAUGACCCUGGGGGGAGAGUGUGAAAGGGGCUGAAGUAGUUUUUGGUUAAAAAGUUAUCCUCCUUGACAAAUCUUUUGAUGAGUCUCGGCGUUUUUUCUUUAAAUCCAUGGUGGCAAGUUUUCA